AUGUCCAGUGGGGGAAGGUUUAAUUUUGACGAUGGAGGGUCGUACUGUGGAGGCUGGGAGGACGGAAAGGCUCAUGGCCACGGAAUCUGUACCGGCCCGAAGGGUCAAGGUGAAUAUUCGGGCUCCUGGAGUCACGGCUUUGAGGUGCUGGGGGUCUACACUUGGCCCAGCGGCAACACUUACCAGGGCACCUGGGCGCAGGGCAAGCGCCAUGGCAUUGGCAUGGAGAGCAAGGGGAAGUGGGUGUACAAAGGCGAGUGGACCCAUGGAUUUAAGGGACGGUACGGGGUCCGAGAAUGCACUGGAAACGGGGCCAAGUACGAAGGCACCUGGAGCAAUGGAUUACAGGAUGGCUACGGGACAGAGACCUACUCGGAUGGAGGGACAUACCAGGGCCAGUGGGUCGGAGGGAUGCGCCAGGGGUACGGCGUCCGGCAGAGCGUUCCCUACGGCAUGGCUGCGGUCAUCAGGUCACCCCUGAGGACGUCCAUCAACUCCCUGCGCAGCGAGCACACCAACGGCACGGCGCUGCACCCCGACUCCUCGCCGGCGGUGGCCGGCAGCCCCGCCGUGUCCCGGGGCGGCUUCGUCCUCAUGGCCCACAGCGACGCCGAGAUCCUCAAGAGCAAGAAGAAGGGCAUCUUCCGACGGUCGCUGCUGAGCGGGCUCAAGCUCCGUAAGUCCGAGUCCAAGAGCUCCUUGGCCAGCCAGCGGAGCAAGCAGAGCUCGUUCCGGAGCGAGGCCGGGAUGAGCACGGUCAGCUCCACCGCCAGCGACAUCAACUCCACCAUCAGCCUGGGCGAAGGCGAGGCCGAGCUCUCCGUCAUCGAGGACGACAUCGAUGCCACCACCACCGAGAUCUACGUCGGCGAGUGGAAGAACGACAAGCGGUCGGGCUUCGGGGUGAGCCAGCGCUCGGACGGGCUGAAGUACGAGGGCGAGUGGGCCAACAACAAGCGCCACGGCUACGGCUGCAUGACCUUCCCCGACGGCACCAAGGAGGAGGGCAAGUACAAGCAGAACGUCCUGGUCAGCGGCAAGAGGAAGAACCUCAUCCCGCUGCGGGCCAGCAAGAUCCGCGAGAAGGUGGAUCGGGCCGUGGAGGCGGCCGAGCGGGCGGCCACCAUCGCCAAGCAGAAAGCGGAGAUCGCGGCCUCCAGGACCUCCCACUCCCGGGCCAAGGCGGAGGCGGCCGUGACGGCGGCGCAGAAAGCCCAGGAGGAAGCGCGCAUCGCCAGGAUCACUGCCAAAGAGUUUUCGCCUUCCUUCCAGCACAGGGAAAACGGGCUCGAAUGCCAGAGGCCCAAGCGCCAGAACUCGAGCGACGACAUUGAGGUCCUCUCCACCGGCACGCCGCUGCAGCAAGAGAGCCCCGAGCUGUACAGGAAAGGGACGACGCCGUCCGACCUGACCCCCGAGGACAGCCCGCUGCAGAGCUUCCCCGCCAGUCCCUCGUCCACGCCGCCGCUGGGCUCCUGCAGGAACAAGAGCGCGCACUUCUCCCGGCAGGUCUCGGUGGACGAAGAGCGGGGUGGGGAGAUCCAGAUGCUGCUGGAGGGGCGCGGCGGGGACUACCUGCGCCCCAACAGCUGGAGCGAAGAGAAGGUCGGCGGGACGCGCGGCGUGCGAAGCGGGGCGCUGCGCAGCGGCCAGCUGGGGUCGGCCUCCGUCCCUGAAGACUACAGAGGCCGGAGCGGAGGACACAAACACUCGGCCUCCAACCACAAGCAAAGAGAGAGGUGGACAGAUUCCCCGGCCACGGUUUCUUGGACUUCCCACCACAGGUCCCACAACCACAGCUCAGGGAGCUCCAAGCUGCUUGAGCUAGACGAGGAGAAGAUGAGCAAUUACGAGAUGGAGAUGAAGCCCCUCAUGAGGAUGGAUUCUUAUAUGCAAGAGAUUCACACCCAAAAAAGACACUAUAGCAAAGGGGGACCCUGCAGGAGCAUGGCUGAUGACCACCGCGGGGAAGAGCGGGGCUUCGGGGUUCAGAGACUGAGGUCUAAGUCCCAGAACAAAGAGAAUUUCAGGCCAGCUUCCUCUGCCGAGCCCACGGUGCAGAAACUGGAAAACCUGAGAUUCGGGGACAAAGCUGAGCCUCGGCUACUAAGGUGGGACUUAACCUUCUCCCCGCCACAGAAAUCCUUACCUGUUGCACUAGAAUCUGAAGAGGACAAUGGGGAUGCGCUCAAAUCCAGUACGGGCUCAGCUCCCAUUCUGGUAGUCAUGGUGAUCUUACUAAAUAUCGGAGUCGCCAUUUUGUUUAUUAACUUUUUCAUCUAACUCAAGACUGUCUUGUUUGCAAAAAUAACAGUUACAUGUAUGAAUGGGGGAAAAAAAACAAACAAAACAAACAACAACAACAACAAAAAGGGAAAAAAAUCAUAACUCGAACUGUCCUACGACAAUUUCCAAGUCUUUUCA